AUGAAGACCGAUUAUUAUGGCGGUCGGGGCUCGUAUGUCUCAGGAAAGGACCAUCUCUACUCCACACGAAAGCUAUACCUUUACCUCGGUGGAUCUGGCAAAGCACCAUCUAAUUGCUCCGAAAAUCAUAUUGGAAGAGGAGGCUUUAAUGGUGGUGGUGGUGGUGAUGCUGGCAUUGAUAUCCGUGAUGAUGAUCCAUCGGGUGGUGGUGGUGGCGCUAGUGAUGUGAGACUAAUUAAUAAUUCUGAUCCAGAAUCCCUUUAUAGUCGAAUCCUUGUUGCAGCAGGUGGUUCUGGAUCAUGUUUUAAUGGUUAUGGUGCUCCAGGUGGCGAUUUGACCGGUUAUCAACCUACAACAGCAUAUACCAAAAAAUUUUAUCGAUCAAACACCAACCAAACUAAUGGAAACUCAUUAGGUUAUGGCGCAAAUGGAACGGAUAACCCGAAUACUCCAGAUUCUGGCGGAGGUGGCGGAUAUUACGGCGGAAAUGUCGGAGAAAGUAUAUUAUCUGUAUCGCAGCCAUUUAAAUCUGUUUCUUCGAGUGGUUCGAGUUACAUCAGCGGCCAUUUUGGAUGUAAUUCAGUCGAUAGAAAUGGAGUUCAUACGAAUAGACCUGAUCAUUACUCAGGAAUUGUUUUUGAGCAAACAAAAAUGUAUAAUGGCUUAGUUGAGUUUCUUAGUCCGGAAGGGAUCUUAGAGGAAGGCCAUAUUGGCGAUGGUGCCAUUCAAAUUACUCCUAUCUUCAUCUAUACAUUGGGAUCGAAACAAUAUAAAUUUUCACUUGAGAUGUGUAUUUUUCUUUUAUCUUGA